UGCAACGCAUCAAAUGCUCGUUUUUGCGACCGAUGCAAGAGCACCCGUUACUGUUCAAAAAAAAAUGCCAGCGUGCUGAUUGGACUACCCAUAAACUUCUCUGUUCAGCGUAUGCCGAAUUCGAUGCUACCAAGCGAUCAAGUAAGGAACACCUCCGAGCCAUUUUCUUCCCCGUGGAUUAGGAGAAGCCGGAAUUGAUCUGGAUCCAUUGCCCGUGGCAUCAAGAUGACUAUGAUGAUGAUUUGAGCUAUCAAUAUCCCGACACAGAUUUGCAACUACUGGGCGAGAAGCCAUACCCUAGGACUAUGACCAUUCAGACAAAUCAGCUUCUAGGAAGAGACAUUCCCAACACAAUCCGCCUUUGCAUUCGAGACAAUUUCUUCAAUGACGGGUCUCUUCUUAAUAAGAGUAUCGAUACCAUCACAACUACCAAGCCAUGGCAGUGCCAUAAUUGGCGAGGUCCCAUCCUGGCUUACGGCACAGAGGGACUCGGCAUCGACCAGUUGGCUUGCAGAGACCUGGACUUGAAUGACUUCCGGCAUGUCGCGGACUUCCUAGUUACGUAUCGCGCUAUGCUAAGGUCCGGAACCACUACACCAUAAUCCACCGGUGCACACCCAUGUACACCACCUUAUUACACGGAGCUUGUGCACGAUCACCCACCCACCACACCAUGAGGCUUCGGAAAUGUUGUUUUUUUGGUGGGUGUGCCAUAUCCUUACUACGACGUCGGUAUUUAGGGGUCGGGUCGGUGGUCUGAGGAAAUGACUUACGUCAAUACGGAAAAGGAUUGUUCAUAGAUGGCAAGCAAGAAACUAAAUAAAAGGAAAUGUUUUCCAUACAAUAUUCGGGGCUAAUAGCCAUUUGUGGCGAAC